AGACAGGGAGGGGUGGCGGAGGGCGCUGCCACGUCACUGUCUGGCCGCUCACCGCCCAACUCAUUGCCCGUGCUUCGUGUCCUCCGGCCAACGUUGCAGCGCUUCAUGUCAUUCAUUCACACAAAACUGCAUGCAGCAGGUUUGAGUCCGCACACUUAAGAAAGAAGCUAGGCAAACUCUACGCCGCGAAGCAAUACCACCGCAUUACCACUCGCCAUUUAGGCUUGCCUGCGCACUGGCGUGUGCACUAGCACUUCUGAAGGGCCGCGGCGUCCAGGCAGCAGCACCGCCGCGGCAAACGCGUCCGCAGGGCGGACCGGCGGCUUCGGCCGCGACCGGCGCCUGCAGCAGCUGCAGCAGCGGCAGCAGCAUUCCGCGCCCACUCCUCCUUGCUCGUGUGCGCAGCCUACUGUGCGCUCGUUUGCUGCAGCCUGGUCGGCCGUUCGCAGCAGUCAGCGCCGCGGCCGCGUCGCCAGCUGCACCAGCAGCCGCUGCCGUGUUUGGUUGCAGCGCAAGAGGCCUUAGCAGCCACCGCGGGUCGCCGUUCGGCCAACGUGUGUCCAUGAAGUCAUCAGCGGCGGCAGGUGCCGCAGUCUUAGCCGGGGCUCAGCAGCAGCCCGAGGCGUCACCAGCGUCCUUGGCGGCAGCCGCGGCAAAGCAGCAGGCGACACCGGGCCGCCGCAGGGCCGCCGCACAGCAGUCUCCAGCAGUGACGCACGCGCAAGAGCUGCUGCCGCUCUCGCCGCCGCCGGUGCUGGUACCUGCUGAGCUCGGCGGUCUCGGGUCGCCGGCGGCUCCCGCGUUGCCGGCCACGCCGCUGGCAGCACCCGCACCCGCCACGGCUGCUGCUGCUGCUGCAGCGGGCAAGCGGCAGCGGCGGCGCGCCAGUGGCGCGCCCGAUGCUACAGCAACCGCAGCCGCUACAGCCGCUCCGGCAGCCGACCCCACAACAGGCGGCGGCCUAAUCGUGGGCAACCCGUCGGCCGCGGCGGCCGCGUCCCCGCUGGCCACGGCGGCGGCGGCGUUAGUGGCGGCGGCCGCGGGCGCAGCCAACCGGGGCCGCCGGACGUCCGCGCGGCGGCUACAGCCAGCUGUGGCGGCGGCACCCGCCGCCGCCCUACCCGAGGCGGCAGUAGCAGCAGCAGCCGCGCUGCGGUCUGCUGGAUGCGACAUCGACAGCGCCAGUGGUGACGGCGCCGGCGGAAGCAACGGCAGCAGCGUCGCCGACGAGGAGGCGACAGUGGCGGAGGCAGCGGGAGCCGCCGCCGCAGCGCCGGCGGCGGGCGGCAAGCGCCGCCGCCGGAAGGCAGCCGUCGCCGCCGCCACCACCGCAGACGACGCUGGUCCGCCAGCCGAAGGCGACGACGACCAGCCCCCCGCACCCGCCACCAAGAAGCCCCGCCGCAAGACCAAGGCCGACCUGGCGGAGGAGGUACGGCAGGCCGUGUCACGUGGCGACCUGCCCUCACACGUGGUGCUGCACGAGCGCUUCCCCCACUCACGUGACUACGCCGCCGGCGCGGUGCCGCUGCCGGCGGCGGCGCUGGAGGCGGCGAGCGUGCGUAACGGAGAGAUAAGCGCGGCGGCAGCGGUGGCGGCGGCCGCCGCCGCGGCGCUGGCGGCGGCGGCGGGUUCGGCGGUGGCGGUGCAGGCGGCGCAGGCGGCGAGCGGGGAGGUCGCGGGGCGGGCUCAGGCGGAGCGGGUGGUGGAGGCGGAGGCGGAGGCGGGUGCGCUGGCGAAGCUGGCAGCGGCUUCCCAUGUGGCAACUGGCACCGACGCCAGCAGUGGCGGGACCGGCGGUGGUGCGAUGGUGAGCGAUGGCAGCGUGACCGCUGGUGGGGCCCCUGCAAGCGCUGACGCGGGCGGCGCAGCUGUUGUGGCGGAGCCGGCGGCGGCGCAGCAGCAGGAGGCACCGGCGGAUGAGGAGCAGCAGGGCGGCCGCAAGCGGCGAGGGCGCGUCGCCAAGCCCAAGGGGAAGAAGGCGGCAGCGACUGCACCUGCAGCAGGGGCGAGCGAGGAGGAGAAGGAGGCCGCGGUGGGCGAGGCGGCGGCGGCUGCUGAGGCGGAGGCGGCUGCGACGGGGCCGGCGCUGCCGCCGGUCCGCCCCAUGCCCGACCACAUCCCCAACCUGGGCUACGCCUGCCUGUGCGCCACCUUGCGCGAGCACGACGUCUUCACCAGCAGGGACACCACCAAGGCCGGCUUCAACAGCAGGGGCCUGCCGCACGUGAGCCGCCUGGCGCUGGCCAACGCGCGCGACCUGCUGCCGCUGCUGCGCUGGAACGAGGCGCACGGCAUCCGCUUGUUCCGGCUGUCGUCGGGCAUUUUCCCCUGGAUGAGUUUCUACCAGCUGGAGGACUUACCUGACGCUGAGGACAUCAAGCAGGCGCUGGCGGAGGCGGGCCGGGCUGCCAAGCAGAUGGGCCACCGCCUCACCUUCCACCCCUCCGAGUUUACAAAGAUUGCCAGCGACAAGCCCGAGGUGGUUGAGACUAGUGUCAGGGAGCUGGAGGUGCACAGCCGCAUAUUCGACCUCAUGGGCUUCCUGCCCGCCUCCGUGUACAACAAGAUCAACAUCCACGUGGGGGGCGUGUACGGCAACAAGACAGCCAGCAUGGAUCGGUUCGCCAAGGUGGUGAGGGAGCGGCUGAGCCCCAACUGCCGCGCCCGACUGACGGUGGAGAACGACGACCGCGCCUCCAUGUACAGUGUGGCCGACCUCACUUACCUGGCCGCAAAGGCGCACAUACCCAUUGUGUUCGACUUCCACCACCACCGCUUCUGCACAGGCGGCCUGAGUGAGGAGCAGGCCCUCCGCACCGCCCUGGCCACCUGGCCGGCCGGCGUGCGGCCCGUGGUGCACUGGAGCGAGAGCCAGGCGGGCCGGCGGCCGCACGCCCACAGCGACUACGUGUCCGGACCCAUCUUCCUGUACGGGCUGGAGAAGGAGGUGGAUGUGAUGAUCGAGUCCAAGGCCAAGGAGUUGGCGCUGCUGCACUACCGCCAGGCGGCUGUGCAGGGGCUGGCGGCGACGAGGCCCGAGGAGGAGCAGCAACAGGAGCAGCAGGAGCAGGGGGAGGAACAGGAGGUGGAGCUGUAGGUGGAGGGGCAGGUGGUGGUCGAGGAGCAACAGGAGCGGCAGGAGCAGGGGAGGAGCUGUAGGUGGAGGAGCAGGUGGAGGUGGAGGAGCUGUAGGGCCGCGCAGUGCGGCGGCGGCGGAGGGGAUGCACAUACUGGACAUAGAUGAACAGAUGAGAGCAGCGCGACGGGACUGUUGGGACUGCUUUUGCUUAUUUGGUGGAUGGUUGGAACGAAGGUAGGCUGCUAUCGGGCGCGCGUGCGCGCGCCGUGAACGCCAGCAGGGCUUGCAGAGGUAAAUGACAUACAAGAGGUGUUGGCAUGAGGAGGAAGGUGGUGCGGGCAUUAGCGACGCGGGUGGGGACUGCUGGGGCGGGGAGCGCGGCACGACGGUCUGGUGUUGCGCAAAGGCACAACAGCUGUGACCGAGCGGGGCCGGCGGAUGCAUCCUUACGGAUGUUUAAGGGGGGCGGGUGUUGUUCCUCUGGGUCGCAGAUGGCCCUUCGCGGCGUGGGUACGGCGUGCCCCCGCUUGUUGGGCUGUCCCUUCAAUUGUAAUCCGCAUCCUUA